UUAGUGCUGCUCUUUCCGCAGUUCCAAAUCAUUCCCAGAGUGGAUGGCCACGCGAUCGGUUCGGUGUCGGUUUCGGUUUCCCCUCCAGAGACAGUCAGUGUCAGUGUUGUUCCAGUGAGAGUGCCAUGAAGCCUUAGAGGCGACUGCAAAGAAAUAAUAUAUAAAAAAAUAUAUAAAGAAAUAAAAAAUAAAACAGAAAAUAUGCAUCAACGCGUGGAUAAUGGUCACACAAAUAGUGGCUUUAAUGGCGGCUCUGAGGUAUCCUUGGACAUACCCACCAAUACGCUGUAUCACACCUCCCGGGAUUGCAUUGUCCAGGAGGAUCAGGGCUCCAAGGAGAGCUGCCUGGAGGGCACUCAGAGCUGCUGCUCGAAUCUCUGGUCGAAUAUUUUCCGCAAGAAGACGCUGUAUAAACGCUUCCCCAUUUUGGUUUGGCUGCCGCAGUACAAAAAGGAUUAUAUAUUCGGAGAUAUAGUGGCUGGCAUAUCAGUGGCCUUGACUGUGAUUCCCCAGGCAUUGGCCUAUGCCGGCAUAGCGGGUUUGGAUCUGCAAUAUGGCUUGUAUGCCUGCUUCCUGGGCUGCUUCAUUUACAUCUUUAUUGGUUCGAGCAAGGAUGUCCCCAUUGGACCUACGGCCAUUUCGGCUUUGUUAUCCUUUCAAAUUGCCGGAGGCAGCUGGCAAAUGGCCACGUUGCUUACAUUCUUAACAGGACUCAUUGAGAUCCUGAUGGGUGUCUUUCGGCUGGGAUUCCUGAUUGAUUUCGUCUCGGGUCCUGUGGGAGCGGGCUUCACCAGUGCCGUGUCCUUGAUCAUCUUUAGUUCCCAGAUGAAGGACUUCCUGGGCAUCAAGACGAGCGGUAAUACCUUCCUGCAGGUGUGGAUCAGCAUCGUGAAUGAUAUACACAACAUCAGUUGGCCGGACUUUAUCCUGGGCCUCAUCUGCAUCACUCUGCUACUGAGUCUACGAGCCCUGGCCAGCUGCAGUCUGGGUCCCAAGGAGGGAAAGACCACGUCCCAGAAAAUGCUUACCGGAAUUUUCUGGACAGUUGGAACUGCAAGAAAUGCUCUGCUAGUUUGUGGCACUGCUGGUCUGGGUUACUGGCUAUCCAUGAGCGGCAGGGAGAAUCUGGUGAGGACUGUGGGUUUUGUGCCCAAGGGAAUGCCUUCCUUCCAACCGCCACCCUUCCAUAUGGAUGCUGUGGUUAAUGAGACAACCGGAGAGAUCCUGCAGGAUGCUCAAAGCUUCUGGGAUAUGGUCAGCACUUUGGGUUCCGGAUUGAUUGUUGUGCCGCUUAUUGCUCUCCUCGAAACUAUGGCUGUGGUUCAAGCUUUCGCUGAUGGCAAACCCACGGAUGCCACUCAGGAGCUGAUUGCCUCGGGCGUUUGCAAUGUGGCCAACUCCUUUGUCCAGGGUCUUCGUAGCAAUGGAGGCGUGGCCAGAGGAGCCAUCCUUAAUGCCAGUGGUGUGAGGACACAGCUCUCCAAUUUGUACACCAGUGUGAUUGUGAUCAUAGCUCUGCUCUACCUUACACCCUGCUUUUACUAUAUACCCAAGGCAGCGCUGGCCUCCAUCAUCAUUGCGGCAGUGAUCUUUAUGGUUCAAUAUCGAGUGAUUAAGCCCAUGUGGCAUAGUAAAAAAACCGAUCUCAUACCUGGUUUGGGUGCCUUCUUCGCCUGCUUGGUCCUGCCCCUGCAAUUGGGCAUCCUGGUGGGAAUUGGCAUCAAUGUGGUCUUUAUUCUCUAUCAGGCUGCCAGGCCCAAGCUGCGUAUAGAAACCCUAGCGACCACCACUGGCCUCAAGUACCUGAUGCUCACCCCUGAUCGUUGUCUGAUCUUCCCUUCGAUGGAGUUUGUGCGCAAAGUGAUCAAUAAACAAGGUCAAAAAUCCACUCUGCCCGUGGUCAUUGAUUGCACCCACAUUUAUGGAGCAGAUUUCACCGCUGCCAAGGUGAUCUCCACCAUGGUCAUGGACUUUGAGCAGCGACAGCAGCCACUGUUCUUUUACAACUUGCAACCGCGUGUGGCACAGGUCUUUGAGGGAUUGAACAAGGAUCUGGUGGUCAUCUAUGACAUUACCACGCUGCAUGCCAAACUGGCGGAGAAGUCGUGAAUCUGAUAAGAGAUCCAAAAUGUGGAAAUGAAAGAAAUCAACGCUGCAACCUCGUCAUCAAGCGAUAGUCUUAGUCUUAGCCUCAGCUUUAGUCUCGCCCUAAGUCUCUGUGUUUAGUUUCUGUCGCUCUGUUUAGUAGGUGUCUUAGUAUUGAUUUUGUUAGCCGAGGCCAGCGACUAACUUUCUGAUGAGCCUGCGCCCACGCUCAUUGCCUUAGUUGAAGGUACCAUUCCAUUGGACUAUCGCUCACCUUAAUUAGCAUUUAAGUUAAGGCAAUCUUCCAUCAAACUAUCCACCUUGUCCGCAGGUACAACACAUAUCUGCACAUAUUUAUUUUGGCCUCUGUCGAAACGUUGUGAAUUUCGCUGAGCGAAAUAUCAGAGCAAGAGACCCCUUCCCACCUGCGAUUUAGCCGCUGUGCAUAUAGUAUUAUUUAAUAUUAGCCAACGAAGAGUAUUUAACAUAAGUACUUAAAUAAAUCAUGUAAAUAUUAAGAAGUAA